AUCAUGUUUCUUCUACGACGGCCGAAGCGCUGAGUCCGACGCUGCUACUUCAGGUUUGGAAGAAUUGGUGGGAAGGAUAGAUUUUGAGCCAUGUCUCCGGCAAAAGUUGAUAGUACCAAAAAGGCCGAUCCCAAGGCCCAGGCUGUGAAAGCCGCAAAGGCUGUGAAAUCUGGUCAGAUCGUUAAGAGGUCGACAAAGAAGAUAAGGACUAAGGUUACCUUCCACAGGCCGAAGACAUUGACCAAGUCGAGAAACCCUAAGUACCCGCGAAUCAGCGCACCCCCCAGGAACAAGUUGGACCAUUACCAAAUCCUAAAGUACCCUCUCACUACUGAAUCAGCGAUGAAAAAGAUCGAGGACAACAAUACCCUUGUGUUCAUCGUCGACAUCCGUGCUGACAAGAAGAAGAUCAAGGACGCUGUCAAGAAGAUGUAUGACAUUCAGACCAAGAAAGUUAACACCUUGAUCAGGCCGGAUGGAACGAAGAAAGCUUACGUGAGGUUGACCCCAGACUACGAUGCUUUGGACGUGGCGAACAAAAUCGGCAUCAUCUAAGUAGUAGCUAGUUUCGUGAUCGGAGCUUCGUUUUCCCGCAGAGUUGCUGAGUUUUGCUGGGAAAUUUCAUCUUUCAAGUUGUUGUCUUAGAAACUGUGCGGCAAAAACCAGUCUAUCUCCGUUCUCUUGUGAUGCUAUGUUGGAUUCGAGUUCGUGUUUUUCAGUGGAUUGUUUUAUUGCCUUUUCUUCUCAUGUCCUUGAUUGAUGAUCGAAAGGGAAAGAAAGUUCAAAACUUCA